AAGCCAAGGCGCCCAUAGUGUAAAGAAGGCUGAAGUAGAGUAGGGUUUAUCUGACAUUUCUACAUUGACUCAUUUCUUCCUCAUACGCAGUAUUUCACCAACAACCAAACACCACCAUCGUUCCCAUGGAGCAAGUAGACGAAGAAUCAUCCAAAUCCAUCAGCAAGAAAGCGGCCAAGAAGGAGGCCGCUAAGCAAGAGAAGUUACGCCGCCGCCAGGAAGCUGCAUUAGCCUCCGCCGCCGCAUCGAUCACCAUUGAGGAGCAGGAAGAUCCAUUGGCUGUCAAUUAUGGUAAUGUAGCUCUUAACGAGCUACAGUCGAAGGAGGAGACGGAUCUCACCGAGUGGACCAGAGUCGGGGACCUAAACGAGGAGUUGAAGGAUAAGGAAGUGUUGAUAAGGGGCCGCGCGCAGACGACUCGUGCUGUGGGUAAGAACAUGGCCUUUGUGGUGGUUAGACAGAAGGGAUUCACCGUGCAGUGUGUUGUUACUGUUCAGCCUGACUUCGUUAGCCGGCAGAUGGUGAAGUUUGUUGCCGGGUUGAGCCGUGAGUCCAUUAUCGAUGUUCGAGGCCUGGUUUCUGUCCCUUCUGUACCCAUUAAAGGCACUACACAGCAGGUUGAAGUUGAAGUCAGGAAACUGCAUUGUAUUAGCAAAGCUAUGCCAACUUUACCCAUUAAUAUUGAGGAUGCAGCUAGAAGUGAGAAAGAAAUUGAGGAAGCUUUGCAGGCUGGAGAACAGCUUGUUCGUGUUAAUCAGGAUACACGUUUGAAUUAUAGGGUUCUGGACAUGCGAACACCUGCUAACCAAGGAAUUUUUCAUAUUCAGCAUGAAGUUGGCAGUAUAUUUAGGAAAUUUUUGGAAUCAGAAGGCUUUGACGAAAUUCAUACUCCAAAAUUGAUAGCAGGAACCAGUGAAGGUGGUUCUGCUGUAUUUAAACUGGACUACAAAGGACAACCUGCAUGCUUGGCACAGUCACCUCAACUUCACAAGCAAAUAGCCAUUUGUGGUGAUAAAGAGCGUGUUUUUGAGGUUGGUCCUGUUUUCAGGGCAGAAGACUCUUACACUCAUAGGCAUCUAUGUGAAUUUGUCGGUCUUGAUGUUGAAAUGGAGAUUAAGAAGCACUACUCUGAGGUAAUGGGUAUUGUUGAUCGAUUAUUUGUCACAAUGUUUGAUCAUUUGAAUGAGAAGUGCAAGAAGGAACUUGAUGCUGUUCGGAGACAAUAUCCCUUUGAACCUCUGAAGUACUUGCGAAAGACUCUACGGCUAAGAUUUGAAGAAGGGGUUCAAAUGCUCAAGGAGGCAGGAGUGGAAAUCGAUCCUUAUGGGGACUUGAACACAGAAUCAGAGAGAAAGUUGGGCCAGCUAGUUUUAGAGAAGUACGGGACUGAAUUCUACAUUCUUCAUCGCUAUCCUUUGGCUGUUAGACCAUUCUACACCAUGCCGUGCUAUGAUGAUGCAAAGUACAGUAAUUCAUUUGAUGUCUUUAUUCGAGGUGAGGAAAUAAUUUCCGGAGCUCAACGUGUGCAUGUACCAGAGUUGCUGGAAGAACGUGCAAAGGCAUGUGGUAUUGAUGUCAGUGCAAUAACAACAUACAUCGAUUCUUUCAGGUAUGGUGCGCCUCCACAUGGUGGAUUUGGAGUGGGGCUAGAGCGUGUGGUAAUGUUAUUCUGUGGCCUGAACAACAUUCGCAAAGCAUCUCUUUUCCCUCGUGACCCACUCAGGCUAGCCCCUUGAUUUGUUUCAACAGCGCAUCAUGCUCUGUUUUGCUUUGCUAAGUUUCUAUAUUCAACUUUCUCCUCCUGGUAGAUCAGGCUACAAAACUUGCCCAAAAAAAAAAAAAUAUUUGAGCCUUCCCUGAGAAGAUAAUUUCUUCUUACUGCUAUGCAAUGUGAUGUGAAUUGGGAAGGUUUAUUUCAAGCUAUUUGAAAUGAGGGGGUGCCAAUUAAACCUCUGUCUGCAGUCUUUAUUGAACGUUAGUUCUUGGUUUCCUUUCACUUCACUUCAAUAUUUUUCAGCCUUAUCAAUGGAUAUUGAUAUUUAGUACCCU